CCUUCACAGGGAGGGGACCUGAAGCCCGCGCCGCUAGGCGGAAGCGCUGCUACCAUUGGCUCAGCAGCCGCUGUCACCUGCGCGGAGCCGGGCCCCCACAGCGCAAAGUCCGCUGUCCGAGGCCGGGGAGCUGGCGCCGCAGCGCAGGUGGUCCACGCCCUGGGACCUGCAAGAUGCCGCUUGGACUGCGCGGGAAGAAGAAGGCCGCCAAGUCCAAGGAGACGGCGAGGCUGGUGGAGGGCGAGAGAUCCAGUGGCAGCCAGGGUGUCCCGGGACCCCCAGCUCCGGCUCGCAGGCUGGUGUUCCACGCACAGCUGGCGCACGGCAGCGCCACGGGCCGAGUGGAGGACUUCUCCAGCAUCAGCGAGCUCUACGCCAAGAUCGCCGGCGUGUUCGAGAUCGCGCCGUCCGAGAUCUUAUUUUGUACCUUAAACACACCUAAAAUUGACAUGGGAAAGCUCCUGGGCGGGCAGCUGGGCCUUGAGGAUUUCAUAUUUGCCCACGUGAAAGGCACAAAAAAGGAAGUGAACGUUUAUAAAUCAGAGGAUUCGCUUGGACUCACCAUCACGGAUAACGGCGUGGGCUAUGCUUUUAUCAAGAGAAUUAAAGAUGGCAGCACCAUUGACUCAGUUAAAACGAUCUGUGUGGGGGAUCAUAUUGAAUGUAUAAACGGAGAAAAUAUUGUUGGGUGGCGUCACUUUGAAGUCGCUAAGAAGUUAAAGGAAUUGAAAAAGGAGGAACUCUUUACUUUGCAGUUAAUAGAACCCAAGAAGGCUUUUGAAAUAGGACCACGGUCGAAAGCCGGAAAGACAUCAACAGAAAAAAUUGGUACUUCAAGAGGGACCCUCCGUCUGAGAUCGAAAGGCCCCGCUACAGUAGAAGAGCUGCCCUCUGAAGCCAAGGCAAAGGCAAUUGGAAAGGUUGAUGAUCUCCUUGAACUGUACAUGGGGAUUCGAGAUAUUGACUUAGCUACAACCAUGUUUGAAGCUGGGAAAGACAAGAGCAACCCAGAUGAGUUUGCUGUCGCUCUUGACGAGACUCUGGGAGACUUUGCCUUUCCUGAUGAGUUCCUGUUCGACGUAUGGGGAGCCAUCAGUGACGUGAAACAAGGAAGAUGAUGGCGUGGCCCGUGUUCCUGCAGAGAUGACCACAGUUCUUCUGCAGGCAGCCUUCUCCGGAGUCUUCGAUACUGUUAUGAACUCUACUUUAGUUUCCUGUGUAUGAGAUACAGUCUUCAAAAUGUAAUUUUGAUUUAUGGAUGAUGUUUAAUAUAGUUUCUUAUAUAGUGUGUUUAAGGUAAAUUAAAGUGUGAUCCAUUUUAAUAUUUGUUCAAAAGCUUUAAAAUUUUUAGAGGAUACAUAGGUGAUUUUGGUCCCUGUUUGUACCCACGGCUCUUUCCACAUAAAAUACUUGAUUACAACAGC